ACCCAUAACUGUUGAGAAUCGUUGAACGUUAUUUUCGAAUUACAGUGGUUUAUUAUCGUACAGACACACUUUUGUUGUAUAUCUGUCUCGUUAAUAAACAUAAUAUUUUUACAAAAUCAAAUAUAUAUGUAGGUAAAUAAUUGCAUUGAUUUUAAAUUGCGUUUGCUAAGAGGUGAACCCAUUCUGAAAAAAUGCCAAAGUCAAAAGAGUACGUGUCUACUGAUGACGAUAGUAGCGAAGAGGAAGUGAAAUCAAAGAAGCCGAAGAAGAGGGAAGCGGAUGAGACCGUAGAGAAGACUGCGAAAAAGACGAAAAAGGAAUCGACCGAGAACGAAGAGGCCGUUUGGGAUUUAGGAAACAAUCGGCAAGUUACAGUGAGAGACUUCAAAGGAAAAUUAUACGUUGACAUUAGAGAAAUGUAUUUUGAUAAGGAUGGAAAUUUGAAGCCAGGAAAAAAAGGUAUUUGCCUGAACAUGGCACAGUGGCGAAAAUUAUUAGCGGUUACGGAAGAUGUAGACAAAGCUGUAAAAUCUAAAUCUUAAAUAUUUAUUUUUUUACGCGUCUUUUCUUUGCCGGAAACUUAUUACUUUACGUAUAUAUGUGUAUAUUUUACCUGUAAAAUGUAACGCGUCAAAUCGUUCUGCCUCUGUUGUCAGAUAUUUCUAAUAAAGAAUACUUUUCAUCCGAUCGAA